AUGGCGAGCUGGGUGGCAUUGAAUGUCGAGCCCGAUGAGGGGAAUGAAGAUGAGGUUGACGAUACGAAGGAGCUGCAGAUCGAAGAGGCCCUCAAGCUUUACCAGAAUGCUUUGAAGCUUCACUCUCAAGGACCCGAGUUCUAUGCUCAGGCCGCCGAAGCCUACGACGAUUUGUUAGACUCCGAGAUCUUCAAAUAUCCUGAGUCGACAUCCGAGUUCCAACGUGCGUUGGUCCCUGAUACUCCGCAAGCAGACGAGGUUGAAGAAGUCACUACCGAUGCCAUUGGCGAAUUCAAUGUGAACGACUCAACAUCGAGCCUAUUCCAAACCCUCUACCUAUCGCACAAAAACUACGGGAAAUUCCUCCUUGAUUCGACCCAGGAAACGCUACGAACGGUCACACCGGACGCGAAAACAACGCAAAAACGAAUCAGUGUCACAAAGAAAGCGUUGAGGUCAUUCGCCGAAGCUUUGGAGCGGGACGAUACUGAUCUCAACCUAUGGAGGCAAAGCGCACGGCUGGGUAGUGCUUUGGAGAGUUAUCGAUUGACCCGCUUUUGUCUCGAGAGUGUGCUCGCAGACGACGAAAAUCGUCUUGACCUUCGCUCCGAACAACUUGGCCUUGAGGAAAUAUUUUCAGAGGAACGCUUGCGGGCCACACUCCGAUCUCUCUUUGAUGAGCUGUCUGCUUCUCAGAUUCCCACUAAGAAGCCGAAGAAAGCUCUCUUGAAAUACCUGAAGCAGCAUGAAGACACUUAUCCAUACCUCCCAAACCUUCCAGACGAUAUUCAGGACCUGAAUCCAUCCAAAGGUCCCCUUGCGUUAUCUGUCUCCCCCGAGAACUCAGUCCAGCCGAAGCAACAUGGGAUUCUGUCGGGAAAGCAAUCAUUCAAGCGUUAG